CACAAUUUUUAUUCAUCUUUCACAAAACGAUUCAUUACUGUUCUCUCUAGUCUGUCUCUAGAGCAUCAACCAUUGUACACGGCAACACGGAAUACGGUCACGGAUCCCAGUUGAUACGUCCUAGCUCGUUGACAUUGCUCUCAUUCUAAUCAGCGGUCCUAAAUAGUUUGUGAGAUAGAGCAGUCAAUUACCGUCGUUAUAGCUUUCCUCUUCUUAGUCAAACAAAAAUAAGAUUCCAAACGUGCUCCAAGAGUCAUAAAAAAGCCCGGCAAACACUCCUCACUGCCAAAACUCUGUCCAAACACAAGAUUAUAUCCUAUAUUUAGCUCCUAGAUUUCUUAAUGGAAGGUGUUGUUAUAAAUGUUUUCUGAGUGUUAUAUAUAGAAAGUAUACUAAUUCAGCUUCUGCCUUCUGGGCGCGCAGUUAGACGAAUGGUAAAUAUAUAAAAACCUUAGCCAAGUCUCUCUGGCUUGCCUUGUUUGUAUUCUUCGAUUUCUUUGACAGGGUUUGAGUGGCAGAGUGAUUGAACUCUAAGGAGGUAGCCAUGGUGAAGCUUCUGUGUGUGGGGAUUGUAAUCGGACUUGUUUUUAGCAACUGGGUUGAUGGGUUUGAGGAGCUUCGUCUCAAUGGAACAGCAAUGCCUUUGUUCGAGGCGGAGGCUUAUGGAGUCUCCAAAGCUGCAAUAGCUCCUAACGCUUUGAUGGUAGGACUAACCCUCAUUCAUGGCGCUGGUGCAAAAGGAGCAGUCUGCUUGGAUGGAACGUUACCCGGAUAUCAUUGGCAUCGUGGAUAUGGGUCAGGAGCAAAGAGUUGGCUCGUUCAAUUGGAGGGAGGCGGAUGGUGUAACAACAUUAGAACUUGUGUUUACCGCAAAAAAACUCGACGUGGAUCCUCAACAUACAUGGAAAAGGAGAUAGCAUUUACGGGAAUACUGAGCAAUAAAGCUGAAGAAAAUCCUGAUUUUUUCAACUGGAAUAGAGUAAAACUUCGCUACUGUGAUGGUGCCUCUUUUACUGGUGAUGGUGAAGAUAAGGCUGCACAGCUGCAAUUUAGGGGACAGCGUAUAUGGUUGGCUGCAAUGGAAGAUUUACUGUCAAAGGGAAUGCGCUUUGCUAACCAGGCUCUUCUUUCUGGGUGCUCUGCUGGGGGUUUGGCAUCUAUUUUACACUGUGAUGAGUUCCGAGGUUUAUUACCAAGAACUACUAAAGUGAAGUGCCUAAGUGAUGCCGGAAUGUUCCUUGAUACGGUCGAUAUAUCAGGUGCGCGCACACUUAGGAACAUGUUCAGUGGUGUAGUAGGCUUGCAGGCAGUGCGGAAUAAUCUACCACAUAUCUGUACUGACCGCCUAGAUCCAACUUCGUGCUUCUUCCCUCAAAACUUAAUCGGCGACAUUAAAACACCACUUUUUAUUCUCAAUACAGCCUAUGAUUCGUGGCAGGUACAAUCCAGUUUAGCUCCACCAUCUGCGGAUCCCUCAGGCUAUUGGCAUAAUUGUAGAUUAAAUCAUGAAAAAUGUACUCCAGCACAGAUCCGAUUUCUGCAAGGGUUCAGGAAUGAAAUGCUGAAGGAAAUGAGACACUUCUCAAUGUCUAGACAAAAUGGGAUGUUUAUAAAUUCUUGUUUUGCUCAUUGCCAAACAGAGAGGCAGGAUACAUGGUUUGCUGAUGAUUCUCCAGUUAUUGGAAAGAAGGCGAUUGCACUUGCUGUGGGAGACUGGUAUUUUGACCGAGCAAGCGUUAAAGCCGUCGACUGUCCUUACCCUUGUGACAAGAGUUGCCACAAUCUGAUUUUUAAAUGAGCCAGGUUCUACCAAUUGGUUGAGUCUCGUGGUAUCUUACUGAGAGAUCUAUUUAUUUCUAUUUGAUAUUGAAAGAACUUAGCAAAUCAAUUGAAUUUUGAUAGAUGACAAAAUAAAAAUAAAAAGAAAAAGGAAAAAAGAAGAAGGUUGCUGAGAAUUGCAAAUGUAUUCAGCACCUUCGCAUUGAUAUAUAGAAAUUUCAUGGUGAAUGUAGUUUACCUUUGCAAAUUUGUUGUCCUUGUAAUAACUUAUUUGUAAUUUAGCCAAUGACAGUAGUUGCUAUGCAUACGCUACUUCUAUUGGGCAGUCCAAGUGCUUAACUGAGGUAUUCAUCCGAAAUAUUAGAUUUGUUACUAUGUUGAAGAGGGUUGAUUGGCAACAUCAAGACCAUUGAAUUUUCCGAAGUUGAACAAAUUUGAACUUUUUAUUUCAGAGAGAUGGAUCACUAUGGAUGGAUGGUUAUGAUAUUUGUCAAAAUCUUUGUGUUAUCAAUGGUGGACUUACGCUUGGGCUUU